CGCGCGCUGCGCGGAGGGCACCCUGGGAGCGGAAGGAGGCGGGCCUUUCCCAGACUCUCUGCUCCGGUGGUCACCGACUUGGGUGGCGCGGAGCGUGCUGGUGCUGAAAACCUCCUCUUGCCGGCAUCGUCGUUUCUGCGCAGAGGUCAAAAGUGGCGGAAAUCGCGGCGUCGCUUGGGAACCCGGAACCGCUGGUGAGCCAUGGUGAAGCGAUCACGGCGGCGUGGAGCGGCUCAGUGGGCCGCCGUGCGGGCCCAGGCAGGUCGCACCGCCACGGAUGAAAAUGAGGACGACUUAGGGUUGCCACCCUCUCCAGGGGACUCCAGCUACUACCAAGACCAGGUAGAUGAGUUCCAUGAAGCGCGAUCUCGGGCAGUCCUGGCUAAGGGCUGGAACGAAGUCGAGAGUGGGGAGGAGGAUGGCGAUGAGGAGGAAGAGGUGCUACCUCUAAAUAUUGAUGAUGGAGAUGACGAAGAUGGAGAGAGUUCGGAGGAGGAGGAGGAGGGUGAAGAGGAUGAUGAUGGCGGAAGCUCCGUGCAGAGUGAGGCUGAGGCCUCUGUGGACCCUAGCUUGUCCUGGGGUCAGAGGAAAAAGCUUUAUUACGAUACGGACUAUGGUUCCAAAUCCCGAGGCCGUCAGAGUCAGCAAGAAGUAGAAGAGGAGGAAAGAGAGGAAGAGGAGGAGGCACAGAUAAUUCAGCGGCGCUUGGCCCAAGCCCUGCAAGAGGAUGAUUUUGGAGUCGCUUGGGUGGAGGCCUUUGCAAAGCCCGUGCCCCAGGUAGACGAAGCUGAGACAAGGGUUGUGAAGGAUUUGGCUAAAGUCUCGGUAAAAGAGAAGCUGAAAAUGUUGAAGAAAGAAUCACCAGAGCUCUUAGAGCUCAUAGAAGAUCUCCAAGCCAAGUUGACAGAGGUGAAGGAUGAGUUAGAACCCUUGUUACAGAUGGUGGAGAAAGGGGUCAUUCCACCUGGAAGAGGAAGCCAAUACCUGAAGACUAAGUAUAAUCUCUACUUGAACUAUUGCGCCAACAUUAGCUUUUAUUUGAUCUUAAAAGCCCGGAGAGUCCCUGCACAUGGACAUCCUGUUAUAGAAAGGCUUGUUACCUACAGAAAUCUGAUCAACAAGCUGUCAGUUGUGGAUCAGAAACUGUCCUCCGAAAUCCGUCACCUCCUCACAGCCAAGGAUGGUGCUGUAAAGAAAGAAAUGACUCCAAAAGCAAAAUUAACCAAAACCAAGCCCAAGACUGUAAAGCAGGCUGCUGCCUCUGCCGCUGCCCUGACUGAUGAGCCUGAUUUUGAUGGGGCUGCUCUAGAGUACUAUAAGGAAAUGGAAGACAGGCAAGAGUUGAAGAGAAAGAAGGAAGAAAACAGUGCUGAAGAACAGGCCCUCGAAGAGCAAAAUGCAAAGAGAGCCAUUACCUACCAGAUUGCUAAAAAUAGGGGGCUUACACCCAGGAGAAAGAAGAUUGAUAGAAAUCCCAGAGUGAAACAUAGGGAAAAGUUCAGAAGAGCCAAAAUCCGACGCCGAGGUCAGGUUCGUGAAGUUCGCAGAGAAGAACAGCGGUACAGUGGUGAACUCUCUGGCAUUCGUGCUGGAGUUAAGAAGAGCAUUAAGCUUAAGUAAAAUAGUUGCUCUUUGGCCUAGCUUUUGGCAAUUAUUUUAGGUCAAUAAAAAGUGUUUUGAAGUAAAGUGA